AUGGCUGACCUGGGAAACCAUGACAAGAAUGCAGUGACAUAUAAUGAUGUGCAUGUCGAUAUCACUCAGGAAGAGUGGGCAUUGAUGGAUCCUUCACAGAAGAAUCUCUACAAAGAUGUGAUGAUGGAGACCUAUAUGAACCUCACAGCUAUAGGCUACAAUUGGCAACGUUUUGAAGUUGAAGAACAUUGUCAAAGUUCUCAAAAUCAUGCAAGGCAUGAAAAAAGUCAUACUUCAGAGAAAUCACAUGACUAUACUGAUUGUUGUAAAGCCUUUGUAUGUCAUAAUCAUCCUCAAAGGCAUGAAAAAACACAUCCUGGAGAGAAAUCCUAUGAAUAUACUCAAUAUGGUAAAACCUUUGCACAACACUGUCAUCUUCAAAGGCAUGAAACUACACAUACCGUUAAAAGACUUUAUGAAUGUAGUCAAUGUGGCAAAGCCUUUGCUCAUUGGAAAGUUCUUCAGUUGCAUAGAAGAACACACCUUGGAGAGAAAUCCUAUGAAUGUAAACAAUGUGGUAAAGCCUUCACACAUUCCAGUCAUCUUGAAGUACAUAAAAGAACACAUAAUGGAGAGAAACCCUAUGAAUGUAAUCUGUGUGGAAAAGCCUUUGCUCAAAACAGUGCUCUUCAAAGGCAUGAAAGAACACAUACUGGAGAGAAACCCUAUGAAUGUAAUCAGUGUAGUAAAGCUUUUUCUCGUCAUAGUAAUCUUCAAUUGCAUGAAAGAACACAUACAGGAGAGAAACCCUAUGAAUGUAAUCAGUGUGGUAAAGCCUUUGCUCAACACAGUGCUCUUCAAAGGUAUAAAAGAACACAUACUGGUGAGAAACCCUAUGAAUGCAAUCAGUGUAGUAAAGCCUUUGCUCAUCAUAGUAAUCUUCAAUUGCAUAAAAGAACACAUACGAAAGAGAAACCCUAUGAAUGUAAUCAGUGUGGUAAAGCCUUUGUACAGCCCAGUCAUCUUCAAGUACAUAAAAGAACACAUACUGGAGAGAAACCAUAUGGAUGUUAUCAGUGUGGUAAAGCCUUUGCUCAACACAGUGCUCUUCAAUUGCAUGAAAGAACACAUACUGGUGAGAAACCUUAUGAAUGUAAUCAGUGUGGUAAAGCCUUUCCUGGACACAGUGCUCUUAAAUUGCAUGAAAGAAUACAUACAGGAGAGAAACCCUAUGAAUGUAAACAAUGUGGUAAAGCCUUUGUACAGCCCAGUCAUCUUCAAGUACAUAAGAGAACACAUACAAGAGAGAAACCCUAUGAAUGUAAUCAGUGUGGUAAAGCCUUUGCUAAAAACAGUGCUCUUCAAAGGCAUGAAAGAACACAUACUGGAGAGAAGCCCUAUGAAUGUAAUCAAUGUGGUAAAGCCUUUGCACAGCCUGAUUAUCUUCAAGUACAUAAAAGAAAACAUACAGGAGAGAAACCCUAUGAAUCUAAUCACUGUGGGAAAGACUUUGCUCAUCAUAGUGCUCUUCAUUUGCAUGAAAGAAUACAUAUGGGAGAAAAAACUAUGAAUGAAAACAAUGUGGUAAAGUUUUGCAUGUCAUAG